AUGAAUGAAAUUAAAUUUCUUAGACAAGAGAAUAAUAAACCAAUUGCUAAGAUUACUGGGCUUGAGGUUGAGAAUGCCAAUGUUAGAACCAAUUAUUAUAAGACUAUAAAUAAGGUUAUAAAUCUAAAGGCUGAGAUCAAUAAUAAAAUAGAAAAGUUAAAGAACUAA